AUGUUCCUCGACAUGUUUCUGUACCUUUGCUCUGUGUUAUUGCCGUUAUCUCUGUCGCAGGCACUUCCUUCACCCGGCAGCGUUGAUAAACCAUGCCGAUACUUACCAGGCGAUACCGACUGGCCUACUGAAGCUGAGUGGUCUCAACUCAAUACAACAGUGGGUGGCCGAUUGAUCAAGACGAUUCCGUUGGGCUCGCCCUGUCACGGUUCCAGCUACCGUGCCGCCGAAUGUGAACAUCUGCAGGCAGAGUGGACAAACCCAGAGAUUCAUGCCGAUUCCCCAUCCUCUUUUGGAGCUCCGCUUUUCCAAGAUCAGGCGUGCGAUCCAUUUACCAACAGAUCGAGUCCGUGUGAGCUUGGCAACUAUUAUGUAUACGCCAUUAAUGUCACCAGCGCAGCAGACGUCGCUGCUGGACUUGCUUUCGCCCAGGACAAGAUGAUCCGACUUGUCGUCAAGAACACCGGUCAUGAUCUACUAGGGCGAUCAUCCGGCAAGGGAGCACUGGGCCUGUGGACGCAUAAUCUUCGCUCGAUCUCGAUACUCGACUACAACAGCAGCCUGUACACGGGCAAGGCCAUGAAGGUGGGGAGUGGCAUUCAGGUGUUCGACGCCUAUUCAGCCGCCCACCAGGCCGGACUUCGCGUGGUCGGAGGUACCUGCUUGACCAUUGGACUGGCAGGCGGGUACACACAGGGAGGCGGACACUCGAUGCUCUCGACAGCCUAUGGCCUCGCCGCCGACCAGGUACUCGAGUGGGAGGUUGUUAUAGCCAACGGUACCCAUCUCACCUCGACACCAACCGAGAAUGCCGAUCUGUACUGGGCGCUGUCCGGAGGCGGCGGAGGAACUUAUGCGGUGGUGCUCUCGAUGACGGUGAAGGCGUAUGCCGAGAGCCCGGUGGCGGGCGCCAUGUUGCAGAUAAAGCAAACAUCAUCAGAAGAUGACUUUUGGGUGGCCGUUGAAGCCUUCCACGCAGCAAUGCCCACAUGGGUUGAUAUGGGCGCCAGCACAGCCUAUGUGCUCAGCAACGGGGUGCUGUCCCUUCAACCAGCGCUCUUCACGACCCGCUCCGCCAUAGAAGUGAAGUCCAUUUUACAACCCCUUAUCGAAACGCUGGACUCCCUGUCGGUGGCGUAUGUCCUCAACAUAAUCGCCUUCGACGACUAUUACACGGCCUUCAACAACUACUUUGGUGCAUACCCCAACUCCCAGGUCCAGGGGAACCGGCUUAUCCCACGCUCCGUGCUCGCAUCCAAUACGUCCAACGCGGCUCUCACCCUCGCACUCCGCGAGAUUAUAUCCAACCCAUCAUUCUACAUCCUCGGCGUCGGCAUCAACGUCUCAGCCGGGGCGUCCGUUCCCAACGCGGUCUUCCCCGGCUGGCGAAACGCAAUCGCCUCGCUUGAAGUCAUCGCCAACUGGGACUACACUGCAAGUUACGCGGAGAAUACACAGCACCAGAAAUUGGUUACUAAAGAAUACAUCCCCUCGUUGACUGCCGUCACAGGACCAGAGAGCGGCGCGUACAUGAACGAGGCCGAUUUCCAGCAGCCAGAUUUCCAGAGCCAGUUCUUUGGCGAGAAUUAUGCGGCGCUCAGUGCAAUCAAGAGGAAGUAUGAUCCGCAGAGUUUGUUCUACGGCAAUGCGCUGGUAGGCAGCGAGGAGUGGGUUGCUGGCAGCGACGGGCGGCUCUGUCGGGCGCAAAGUAUCUAUUUAGGCUGA